AUGGCUAAGAAGGCGAUCGACUCCAGAAUCCCGUCCCUGAUCAGAAAUGGAGCUCAGACAAAGCAAAGAAGUUUCUUUGUCAUUGUGGGUGACCGUGCCCGCAACCAGCUGCCCAAUCUGCAUUAUUUGAUGAUGAGCGCUGAUCUCAAAAUGAACAAGUCCGUUCUUUGGGCCUACAAGAAGAAACUGCUGGGGUUCACUUCGCACCGCAAAAAGAGAGAAUCCAAGAUCAAGAAGGAAAUCAAGAGAGGAACGCGUGAGGUCAAUGAGCAGGAUCCUUUCGAAACUUUCAUUUCCAACCAGAAUAUCAGAUAUGUCUACUACAAGGAAACGGAAAACAUUCUGGGUAACACAUACGGUAUGUGCAUUCUGCAAGACUUUGAAGCACUAACCCCUAAUUUGCUGGCAAGAACCGUGGAAACUGUCGAAGGUGGUGGUAUCGUGGUCAUUCUGUUGAAAUCGAUGUCUUCUCUAAAACAGCUAUACACCAUGACCAUGGACAUCCACUCUAGAUAUCGUACAGAAGCCCAUAACGAUGUGGUGGCACGUUUCAAUGAGAGAUUUAUUCUCUCUUUGGGAUCAAAUGAAAACUGUUUGGUGGUAGAUGACGAACUAAAUGUGCUGCCGAUCUCCGGUGGUAAAAAUGUACAAGCGCUUCCUCCAAAGGACGAUGACGAGACUUCGCCAAGAGAACAGGAGCUGAAGGAUCUAAAAGAGUCUCUUGAGGACGUACAACCCGCCGGUUCGCUUGUGGCGCUCUCCAAGACGGUCAACCAAGCUCAGGCAAUUCUCAACUUUAUAGACGCCAUUUCUGAGAAAAAGCUCAACUCUACGGUAGCUCUAACGGCUGGCAGAGGUAGAGGUAAAUCGGCGGCACUCGGGAUCGCCAUUUCCGCUGCCAUAUCCCAUGGCUACUCCAAUAUCUUCGUGACUUCCCCAUCGCCAGAGAAUCUGAAAACGCUAUUUGAAUUUAUUUUCAAAGGCUUCGAUGCUUUGGGAUACCAAGAACACAUGGACUACGACAUUAUUCAGUCUACCAACCCUAGUUUCAACAAAGCUAUCGUUAGAGUGGACAUAAAGAGAACUCACCGUCAAACAAUCCAGUAUAUUGUGCCCAAUGACUGUCAUGUUUUGGGCCAGGCAGAACUUGUGGUUAUUGAUGAAGCUGCUGCUAUUCCUUUGCCCGUCGUUAAGAACCUCUUAGGACCUUAUCUCGUUUUCAUGGCAUCCACAAUUAACGGGUACGAAGGUACAGGCAGGUCUCUUUCGCUAAAAUUGAUUCAGCAGUUGAGAGAUCAGUCAAAUUCCUCAGGUAGAGAGUCUUCCGAGACAAUGGUUGUUUCCCGUGACAGCAGAAAACCAGAAUCUCAUGUUUCGGGUCGCACACUGAGGGAAGUUGUUUUGGAUGAACCUAUCAGAUAUGCUCCAGGAGAUCCAAUGGAAAAGUGGCUCAACAAGUUGCUAUGUCUUGAUGUGACUUUGAUAAAGAACCCUAGGUUUGCUGCCAGAGGAACUCCUCAUCCAUCCGAGUGUAACCUAUUCUUGGUCAACCGGGAUACCUUAUUCUCAUACCAUCCCGUAUCAGAGUCAUUCUUGGAGAAAAUGAUGGCUUUGUACGUUGCCUCUCACUACAAGAACUCACCAAAUGAUUUGCAAUUGAUGAGUGACGCACCGGCCCACCAGCUAUUUGUUUUACUUCCACCAGUGAAUCCUAAGGAUGGCGUCAGAAUUCCAGACCCACUUGUUGUACUACAAGUCGCUUUGGAAGGUGAAAUCUCCAAGGACAGCGUAAGAAGCUCCUUAUCUCGUGGCCAAAGAGCUGGUGGUGACUUGAUUCCAUGGCUAAUAUCCCAACAAUUCCAAGACGACGAAUUCCCAGGUCUCAGCGGCGCUCGUGUGGUACGUGUGGCCACUAACCCUGAAUAUGCUUCUAUGGGAUAUGGCUCUCGUGCCAUCGAACUGCUGAGGGACUACUACGAGGGCAAAUUCGCCGACUUGAACGAGAACCCUGUAACAAGAGUUCAUGAGAUAAAGAGAGUCAGCGAUAACGAACUUGCGAAAGCCAGUCUCCUGAAAGAUGAUGUAAAGCUGAGAGAUGCCAAGACUCUUCCACCCUUGUUGUUAAAACUUUCAGAGCAAGCACCGCACUUUCUGCACUACCUGGGUGUCUCCUACGGACUAACGAGUCCAUUGCACAAAUUUUGGAAGCGCAACAAAUUUGUUCCGGUUUACCUGCGCCAAACGGCCAACGACCUCACCGGUGAGCAUACUUGCGUGAUGUUGAACGUUUUGGAGGGAAGAGAAUCGAACUGGCUGACACUAUAUGCGAAUGAUUUCCGUAAGAGAUUCUUGUCUCUCUUGGGUUACGAUUUCAGCAAGUUUACGGCAGUCCAAGCUCUGAAUGUGAUUGAAAGCGCCAAGAAAGCCCAAGAGCUCAACGUCGCCGAUUCUAGCGUGGAGAAACCUUUGACCAAGGACUACCUUGACUCCAUUUUGUCGCCUUUUGACUUGAAAAGACUUGACAGCUAUGCCAAUAACCUUCUGGACUACCACGUCAUUGUCGACCUCUUACCAAUGCUGUCAGCUUUGUACUUUGGUGGCAAAAGUGGCAGUGCUGUGAACCUAUCGAGUGUCCAGAGUGCAAUUUUGCUGGCCGUUGGCUUGCAACACAAGAGCCUGGACGACAUCUCCAAAGAGCUGAACUUGCCAUUCAACCAGACCGUUGCCAUGUUCGCCAAGAUCAUCCGCAAAUUCUCCAUAUAUUUCCGCGAAGUGUUAAGUACUUCCAUCGAGCAAACUUUGCCUGCCCUGCAUGACACAAAUAUAGAAGAGAUGAACGGGAACGAAGUGAAAGCGUUGGAUGCUGCUCACACCCUGGACAAAAUGGAGGAUGACCUGGAGGAGGCUGGCACUCGUGCCAACACCGAAAUGCGUGAAAAACAACGUGAACUGAUCAACAGUUUGAACCUGGACAAAUACGCUAUUGACGACAAUACCGAAGAAUGGGCGGAGUCCAAGAAGGACUUGGAUCGUGCUGUUAAAUCCAACGGUACUGCUGCUGUUAAAUCGAACAAAAAGAGAAAAACCGAAAACGCUACAGAAAUCUACAAAGAGGAGAUGAAAGCUUUGAAGAAGCCUAAAAAGAAGUCCAAGAAUAACUAA